AUGCUUUGUUGGUACGCUGCACAGGCCAACAAGUCCAUCUUCUUGCGCUCCAUCGACAACCCCGCGAUCGCAAGGCAGUACACAGAACACAAGGCCCAGACAACAGUCGCCCGUUUCUCCCCUUCCGGCUUCUAUGUGGCAAGUGGUGAUGCGACCGGUAUUGUGCGUGUUUGGGACUGUGUCGGAGACGGCCUCACCAAGGGUGAAUACAGCAUUGUGAACGGCCGCAUUAACGACCUUGCCUGGGACGGCGACUCCCAGCGCAUCAUUGCGGUUGGUGACGGCAAGCAGCGAUAUGGGCACUGUAUCACCUGGGACAGUGGUAACACGGUCGGUGAGAUCUACGGACACACACAACAAAUCAACUCCGUCUCUAUCAGGCAACAAAGACCGCUGCGAGCGGCGGCCGCCGGUGACGAUAAAAACCUCGUAUUCUACCACGGCGCGCCAUUCAAGUUCAACACAGGUAUCCGAGACAAGCAUACCAAUUAUAUUUAUGGUGUUGGCUUUAGCCCCGACGGCUCGACCCUUGUCAGUGUCGGUGCUGACCGGAAGAUCUGGCUCUACGAUGGCAAGACUGGCGAGCCGAGAGGUCAAAUUGGAGAAGGAGAGCACAAAGGAAGCAUCUUCGCUGUCUCGUGGGCUAGAGAUUCGCGCAAGUUCGUAACUGCUAGCGCUGACAGGACCGUGAAGAUCUGGGAUGUGGAAGCGGGUAAGGUUACCCAGAGCUGGGAUAUUGGAGAAGAAGGAAUGUCAAACGUCCGAGAUCAGCAAGUUGGGGUGGUGUGGCCUCCGGCCAGAAGUGAUAACCUGCUCAUCAGUCUCUCGUUGAGCGGGGAUCUGAACUACUUGGUGGAAGGCACUCCCCAGCCGCGGCAGGUGAUCCAGGGCCAUCAGAAGAACAUCACGUCCCUGACUCAGUUUCACUCUGGCAGCGACACGGAAACAUUAUGGUCGGGCAGCUUUGAUGGAAGGGUUUGCCAUUGGGAUGUUCCGACGGGGACUGCGGAAGAGGUGGAAGGAGACGGCCAUACAGCCUACAUUGCCGGUCUUGCUCCGACUCAGGAGGGCGCCGGACGCAUCUACAGCGUCGCUUGGGAUGACACGAUUCGCUCUGUUGAUCUUGGUGCUAAGACCUACACCGGCGUUUCGUCCAAGUUGUCUGGCCAACCUAAGGGCAUCGGGGCUGCGAAGGACAAGGUGGUAGUAGGGACAACCGAGAGCGUGGAGAUCUAUCACGAUGGGCAGAAGACCGGUGAGUCCAAGCCUCAGUUCGCCGUGACGACAGUUGCAGCCCAUGGGAACUUGACUGCGAUGGGUGGCGAGGACUCGUCCGUCCAGAUCUGCGACAUCUCAGCCCAGGGGUUAGUCCCCAAGAUCGAGUUCAAGGCAUCGAGGAACGCAAUUUCGGCCUUGUCAUUCUCGCUGGACGGAUCGCUCCUGGCGGUUGGGGAUUCCCGGGGCCGGGUGCUGGUCUACAAGGCUGCCGAUGGCCAACUGGUCACUGACCGUUGGACGGCGCACACCUCCCGAGUUACCUCCAUCGCGUGGAACGAGGACAAUACCCAUGUUGUUAGUGGAGGCCUCGAUACCAACAUCUUUGUGUGGAGCUUGACGAAACCGGGAGACUGGCUGCAAGUAACAAAUGCUCACAAAGAGGGCGUGAAUGGAGUUGCUUGGAUUGCAGGCGGAUCUAAGAUUGCCUCGGCUGGAGCGGAUGCAGCGAUCAAAAUGUGGAAGCUCCGAUAUGCGACUUUCGUCCUCCCACGAACUGGUCAGCGACUGAAAGGUCUUAUUCAUCUACGAAAUCCGGAUUCCGGCUUGAAUGGCAACAGCGAAGACGACGAGCGCCGAGCGCUUCUGACCGGCGCGAUUGCUGCCCCUCGCAGAGGUCUAUCGGCGCGUCUGUGGGGUCAUAUCAAGAGUAUUGGCCCGCAAGCGCAUGAGUUUCUCUCGUCAGAACUGGGGAUUGGCGUCUUGAAGUGUAGUCUAGCCUAUUUGCUUGGCUCCCUCGCAACCUUCGUGCCCGCUAUAUCCUCAUUCUUGGGCCAUCAAGAUGGCAAACACAUGGUGGCUACGGUCACUGUGUAUUUCCAUCCUGCGCGAUCGCAGGGGAGCAUGUAUAAGGCCUUGAUUUGUGCCUUUGCCGCUUUCCUUUACGCCGCUCUUGUCUCCGUAACCAGCAUGUUCGUCUCGAUGUUCUUUCAAGACACCUUGAAUCUGGUUCUCCUUGGUCACGCCGUUGUUUUAGUCGUGUUUUGUGGAGGUGGCCUGGGCUUUAUUGGAUGGACGAAGCAGAGAUUUGGUGACCCUCUUGUGAAUGUCGCAUGCUCGUUGGCGUCGCUUUCCACCAUCACGGUGUUGACAAAAGAGGGCGCGGUGCAGAGUGGUGAUUUGUCAUUUGCAAAGAUCUCCCAAGUCCUGAAGAUGGUGGUCAUGGGCGUAACGGCCUCCAUGGCAGUGUCUUUCCUGAUCUUCCCAAUCUCGGCACGAAAGCAACUGCGGUCAAACCUCACUACGGUCACGGAGACUUUGGCAACAAUGUUGGCUUUGAUCACCGAGAGCUUUCUGAGUGGCUCGGAAGAGGAACUUCAGACUGCGGAAUUUCUCGAGGCCGCCGCACGCCAUAAAAAAGCGUACGGUCAGCUGGACAAGCUUGUGCGCGAAGCUAAAAUGGAGCAUUUCGUUGUAGGCACCGAAAAGGAAUACAGACUAGAAAAGACACUGGUCCGCUGGGUCCAGGAUAUCACACACAAUCUAGGCGGUUUGCGCAGUGCUGCUCAUUUACAAUUCCAGCUGCUCAAGCAAACCCAAGCUACCGAGACUGCACACCAGGGGUCGGAUGUCAAUUUCGGACUCGGUGCUGGCCCGCUACCCAGUCCCUGGUCAUUGCAUGAGGAUCGUCCGCUUCUGGAACCCAUCUAUGAGAGGCCAGAAGAAGAGAUGUUGGAGGCAACGGGCGGGGACGGAUUCGAUUUCAAUGCAGAGAAUGGUACCAGUCCUGGACCCGAACAAAUUCUCCACCCGGCGGACAUCUUUGCUAUAUUUAUCAGCCACCUGGGGCCCUCAAUGAGAUCUCUCGCGUUCACUUUGAAGGAGAUAUUUCGCGAUAUUCCUUUCAAACCAGAAUCUGACUAUCGAGUAUCAAUCAAUAGCAAAUACCGCUCGAGUCUCGAUAGAGCACUACUAUUAUAUCGAGAUUCACGAGAAGAGGCGCUCAAGACCAUCUAUCGGCAACGAGAAGUCCUCGGGAUUCAGACGCUGGAAGUCGAGGCUGACCUGGAGGAGGUGUCUGCCAGCUGCGGGCAUUUCAGUUUUUCGUUGCUUGAAUUUGGAGAACAGCUGAAAGAGCUUCUCGCCAUCUUGGAUGAGCUACAGCUCGAGAGCGAGGAGAGGCCCGGUGGUCGAUCAUGGAAUUGGCUCAAGUUCUGGCGCUGGGCCUUCGGCGGAGGACCAAAGAGGGACAUGUUGAAUGUUACAUUGGAGCAAGCUCAUCUAGGCGAGCCCAACCUCCUCAAGCCGCCUGAUGGUUUGAGAGGGUCAUCCAAUGUCACCGCAAUCAGUCUUGCAAAACAGAGACUUGGCUAUCGUUUGUGGCGUUCCCUUGGGGUUUUCCGCCGGGACGACACCAAGUUUGCGAUCAAAGUCGGCACUGGCGCUGCGCUUUAUGCCCUGCCUGCAUUCAUCCCGUCCACUCGACCCGUUUACGGCCAUUGGCGAGGCGAAUGGGGUCUGCUCUCGUACAUGUUGGUCUGUUCUAUGACCAUCGGAGCCUCGAAUACGACGGGAUACGCACGGUUCCUCGGUACCUGCUUGGGCGCAGGCUGUGCGAUUCUCUCAUGGUAUGCCACUGACGGAAACGUUUUUGGCCUCGCAAUACUAGGCUUGCUCAUGGCUAGUUGGAACUUCUACAUCAUCAUCGUGCGAGGUCAAGGGCCAAUGGGUCGAUUCAUCAUGCUAACAUAUAAUCUCUCGGUUCUCUACGCCUAUUCACUUGCUCAGAAAGAAGGAAGAAAUGAUCAAGAUGAAGGAGGGGACAGCCCCAUCAUCACCGAGAUUGCCCUGCAUCGUGUGGUUGCUGUUCUAUCAGGCUGUCUUUGGGGUAUCAUCAUUACGAGGAUGAUCUGGCCGAUCAGUGCACGUGAGAGGCUCAAAGACGGACUGAGUCUGCUCUGGCUUCGCAUGAGCUUGAUCUGGAAGCGUGGCCCCUUGUCCACCAUGGCCAAGCCGAAGGAGUCUGCGGGAUUCAUGAGCGCCCGGGAGAAGCUAGAAGUCGAACGAUUCCUGUCACAUCUGGAGUCUUUGCAAGCCUCCGCUCGUUCGGAGUUUGAAUUAAGGAGUGCUUUUCCCGAUGCUAGCUAUGGCAAUAUUCUUCGUCGGACGCGCAGCAUGGUGGACGCUUUCGUCGCCAUCAACCUAGAACUGGUCAAAAACAUGACGGCGUCCGAGGGAGAGUUAUCUAUUCUACGAUACACCGUGAAGGAGAGGCAGCAGCUCUCCCAUCGUAUCAGUCAUUUGCUGACAGUUAUGGCCUCUUCAAUGAAGCUGGAGUAUCCUCUAAGCGAUGCUCUGCCGAACGUUGAGCACGCCCGAGAUCGGCUCCUGGCGCGUCUUUUUCAUUAUCGUAAAGACCCGGAAGUAUCUCGAAUGUCGACCGACGAAGACUACGCUCUGUUGUAUGCAUACGGUAUGCCCUUUGUCCUGCAGAAAUCACCCUCGACCAUGGCUAAAUUUGAACUUAGUGCUGCCCCCGUGCCCCGUCGCGCUUCCGCGAGCACCGCAGUCAUGCAGAUCGACCCGGCUGCUCUGAGUCGGCCAGACUCGGUAGCGACCACAAUUACCUCGUCCAAAGGUUCUGCGACCAGUGCUCCAGCACUGCAGAAGUCGACCAAGGCGCUCAUCGCCGUUCCGCGACUCGACCUUGAACCUGUCUACACGGAGCUCAAAGCCGCCAUCGGCGACCACUGGGCCGAGUAUAAAGAGGCCACCACUCUUUUCCUCCUUGCAGGACAAUUAAAUCAAAGUGAAUUGUCAUCGCGCGUCGAUCAUAUAAUAUGCGCCGACCAAAAAACCGAGCACCUCCACAAUAACUUCAUCUGCGCGAUUAUCGGAAACUUGACCCGAGAUCUCCCCGACCAUGGAGUCGCUAGUUGGGUAUCCGCAAAUGACAAGCCCUCAGUCGUGUCGAAACCGACGUCGGGGGACGCUGCCGAACAGAGACUCAAAACAGAGGUCAUGCAGCUGCCUCCGCGGGACCGGCGCAGACUUAAGGCUAUACCCGAGCGUGAUCCCAACGAUAUCUCGUCCAAGGAUCUGGUCGAAUACCACCUGGCGAAGCAGAUUAAAUUGCCGAGCCAGGUACCUGCCAGCGCCGGGGGGUUAAACAAGACAAAUUGGGAGCUGGAAAUUCGAAAACGCUACGCGCAACCCCUAGCAUCUGAGACUGGCGAGUUUCCAGAUGCCGAAUCAAUCCAUGCACGCAUGGUUCCUAUAUGCUACGAAGAGUCUAUAGUGAGUGGCGCAAGCUUACCCUGUGCGGAGUAUAUGGCCAUUGCAACAGAGACAUUCGUCAAGGAAGUCUUGUCAGUGGUUUUCUCGCGAACCAGGUCUAACGGCCCUUCGGGAACCAUCAAUGGCAUGAUGAUGCGCAAGUAUCGACAACAACUAGAGCGAGAAGAAUUGGCAUUUACGAGAGGCGAAAUUGUCAAAGAUAGUGCAACUGGGUUAUUGCCUAUUGAAGCUAAGGAGGCAAGUGUCCGAAAGCCACUGGGGGUUCGGGACCUGCGGCUAGCACUUGAGCUCGGCAGCGGCGUUCUCAGCCAUAUGCCCCUGCUUGUGGACCAGAUUAUGGGCGGCUAUUUCGAAGAUGAGCACGAGGCAGAAAGACAUGGUUCAAAUGACGACGUUGUAGAGAUCACGAAUGACGACUCCGGACAGAAUUUCUUCUCCGAUGAGAUGGACAUUGACGACAUCGACUCCGAUUGGGAGGGAGGCACAACGGCUGAUAGGGAGCACUUGGGUGCUUUGUUGGAUGAGUGUCUAUCCAUGGCCGCGUGA